CUCGUAUUUUGAAGGUCUGUUCAAAACAGUAAUCAGUGAUUACUAAUCACUUUACACUUAAUUAGAGUUAAGAGUAAUUAGUAUUGCAUUUGAUUUCAAACGUUUCAUCGAUUGGUAAAUGAAGUGUUGUUUUGAUGUAAUAUUGCUAUGAAUUGCUUGUUAUGGAAACAAAAGACUCUUCAAACCAGAAAUUGUCGCACUCGGAGAGAGUGAUCACAUCACUGAUGGCGGGCGCGACGGCGGGAGCGUUGGCCAAGACUGUGAUCGCGCCGUUGGACAGGACCAAGAUCAAUUUCCAGACUCAGAAAGCGUCCUUCAACUUCACACAAGCCUUCAAUUUUCUGGUCAACACUUACAAGAAGUCGGGUCUCAGGAGUCUCUGGAGAGGCAACUCUGCGACUAUGGUUCGGGUGAUGCCAUACGCGGCCAUUCAGUACUCCAGUCACGAACAGUUCAAACACCUCUUGAGAGUGGAAACCAAUGCACAGAAGUUUGUAUCUAAUUAUCUCAUUAUCUCUAAGCCAUCACUCAAUACGGUUGUGUCCAUUGCGUACAGACGUGAACAUCCGGCCCGCAGUUUCAUAGCCGGCUCUUUGGCUGGUGUGGUGUCGACGACAGCCACCUAUCCAUUAGACUUAGCCCGCGCUCGGAUGGCUGUCACCCAUAAAGAGCAAUACAGAGAUCUGUCGGCCGUCUUCAUGAAGAUUAUAAGGGAAGAGAAGUUCUGGCGUUUGUACAGAGGAUUUGUUCCCACAAUUAUUGGUGUCAUUCCUUAUUCUGGUUUUGGUUUCUUUACUUACGAAACGCUCAAAAGGAUUCACUCGGAAAUCUACGUAAACAGUGAACCAAACCCUUUGGAAAGGCUAGCAUUUGGCGCGACCGCCGGACUCUUCGGUCAGACGGCUUCGUAUCCCUUAGAUAUAGUGAGACGACGAAUGCAAACACAUUCAGAGUAUAAGACAAUUAUGGGAACAAUGAAGAAGGUUGUGGCCGAAGAGGGACUAAUCCACGGCAUGUACAAAGGUCUGAGCCUUAAUUGGGUUAAGGGUCCCAUCGCUGUUGGCAUUACCAUGGAUGUGAUCCGACAGAUGAGUUGCGAAGAGCAAGAAAUCCAACAAUUCUUCACUGAACUCAAAGAACCCCAUAAUUUGGAUGUCAUUCGCGAAGACGUUAAACAAUUCUGUAAUCAUAACAGCAAUGAAAAGAUUGUAUUGAUUACGUCUGGAGGAACAACUGUUCCCUUCGAACAAAACACCGUUCGCUUUGUCGACAACUUCUCCGCUGGAACUCGUGGUUCCGCUUCUGCUGACAAAGACCGAUUGCUAAGCAUUACUUUCACCACUUUAGACGAGUAUUUGUUUCUUUUGAGAGAAAUAGCGUUAAUCUUGGAGAAGAAGGGCGUGAAUGGCAUGUUAUACUUGGCCGCCGCUGUUUCCGACUUCUAUAUUCCAACCGCUAAUAAAUUAGAAACGGAUGAAACUAUUUUACUUGAAAAGGCCCGCAAAGCACUUAACAGAUUUGGCCACAAGUUAGUGAUCGCCAAUGAAUUGAAUUCCAGGAAAAAUAAAGUAACCCUCGUUUCGGACAACGAUCACCAAUUGAUCACUGUUUCCAAUGAAGACAACAUUGAAAUCGAAAAAUUGAUUGUCGAAGAAGACAACUCUACCCCGAUAUCGGGUAUCGGCCGACAACACGUCCCGACUGUCGUACACCGCCGUAACAAUACUCCCGUCGGCGCCAACACUAAACAUCACCUCUGA